AUGGCAACCUCGACGUGCAAAGAAUUUUGGGCGCAGUGGGACAACGCGUGGGAUCUGGGCCUCCCCGCUGAGAAACGUCUGGAGAUUCUCAAGAACGCUACGGCUCCCGGGUUCACGUACACAAACCCUACCUCCCAUAUACCGAAUGGGAAUCUGGAGGAAGUCGUCCAGCUCAUCGGGCAAAUGCUACAAGGUCCGGGGAAGAACAUGACAGUCAAGCACCUCAAUUGGUGGGAGCACCACGGUCACAGCGCGCUCCAUUGGGACAUGGUUGAUGUUGACUCUGGGGAGGCAAAGCUUCGCGGCUUCAGCCACGGUCGGUACGCCGAGGAUGGAAAGUUGUUAUCAGUUACGGAUUUCUGGUGA